AUGGAGUUUCAAGAAGCUGUGACGAGGUUGAUGAUCCAAAAGACAAUAGAAAAAGGGGUUAUUGAGAGACAUCAUACACAAGCAGAAAAGCAGAAAUGGAAAAUCUCCUUUCACAGAUCAUCAUCAUCAUCAAAGCAAAAGAUAAAGCAAUCAGAAACUCCGAUAGAGUUUUUAUGUCCAAUUUCCGGGACUCUCAUGAACGACCCGGUUAUUGUCUCCUCUGGGCAUACAUUUGAGCGUGCUUGUGUUCAAGCCUGCAAUACUCUUGGUUUCACUCCCACUCUAAUAGAUGGCACCACUCCUGAUUUCUCCACUGUGAUUCCAAAUCUAGCUCUCAAAUCUACCAUUCUCAAAUGGUGCAAAAACUACCCUAUAGGCCACCCUCAUAAUAAAGCCACCCUCGAUUUCUUCUCUGCAGAAAAGCUCGUCCGCGCAAAAAUAUUGGAAACCCAACAGCAAAAAUCGAACCCUCCAAAGAGAAACGAAGAUCAAGACAUUGGUACUGGGAUUCACGCGGUUACUGAUUUGAUAACUCAGACCUCAGGUACUCAUGACUCUAGGAGCUCAUACGAUUCUCCACUUUCAACCUCUCCCCUCCAACUCAAGGCCCAACCAAGUUGCUACUCUUCUCCUUCUUCCUCCUCGACCGACAUAGAGAUCCUUAAUCCUAACCCCGAAGAAGAAGAGUUUGUGAGAAAACUCAAAAGCCCACUAGUGUUUGAGAUCGAAGAAGGUCUCAUUUCAUUAAGAAAGACCACAAGAGCUAAAGAGGAUGAUACUAGACUGCAGCUUUGUACCUCUCGGCUACUUUCAGCACUGCAGCCUUUGAUCAAUUCAAGGUACACUAACAUUCAAGUCAACUCAAUUGCUUGUUUAGUUAAUUUGUCUUUAGAGAAAAUGAACAAAGUAAAGAUAGUUCGGUCAGGGAUUCUUCCCUUAUUGAUUGAUGUGUUAAAAGGAGGUUUCCCUGAGGCAAAAGAGCAUGCUUGUGGUGCAUUAUUUAGUUUGUCACUUGAUGACUGUAACAAGACCGCAAUUGGUGUUUUGGGCGCUUUGCCUCCACUUUUGCAUUUGCUCCGAUCCGGAGAUAGUGACCGGACACGGCAUGACUCGGCCUUAGCUUUAUAUCAUCUCUCACUCGUCCAAAGCAAUAUAGCUAAGUUAGUUAAACUUGGGUCGGUGCCAAUUCUCUUGGGGAUGGUCAAAUCAGGUGAUAUGGAGAGUCGGGUUCUGUUAAUAUUGCGUAACUUGGCUUUGACUCCGGAUGGCCGGGCUGCAAUGUUUGAUUCGGGCGGGGUGAACGCUUUGGUGGAUUUAUUGAGGGGAAGUGAGUUGAAAUCCGAGUCAACUCAGGAUGCUUGUGUGUCUGUUUUGUAUGGACUGAGUCACGGGGGUCUGAGGUUUAAAGGGUUGGCAAAGGCAGCAGGUGCCAUGGAGGUGCUGGUGCAAGUGGAGAAGACAGGAAUCGAGCGGACUAAGGAGAAGAUAAGGAGGAUAUUCGAGAUGAUGGAGACGAGAACGGAGGAAGAGGAAGUGCUUUGGGAGGACUUGCUCGAGGACUCCGACUCAGUGUAG